AACAUAUCAUUACUGAGUCUGUUUAAAAGCUAUAUAUUAUAUGUAUGUGUGCAGUUCAACCUUUCUUUUAUGUCUUCAUUUAGCGCUUCUCAAGGACUAUGGUCAUGGAGAGCCACAGGAAGGUGGGGCUGAAGCUAAGAUAUCGACGAGUGCAGUAAAAACUCAGUCAUCUGUGUGGACAAUUCAUCUUGUUACAAAAGUAAGGAUGGCUACAGCUGUGGGUGUAAUACUGGGUUUGACGACUUUACUGGUGCCACACGACAAUGCUUGGACAUAGACGAAUGUGCUACGUUUCCAGAGAUUUGUGGGAAAUGGAGAACCUGUCUUAAUCAGGUGGGUAGCUACCUGUGCCAGUGUCUCAAUGGAUUUAGGAACUCUAGCGACGGAAAAACUCUGUGUGUAGACAUUGACGAGUGUAGUACAGACGGAGUAUGUGGAAAGAGGGGCAUCUGUCAAAACCUGAUUGGCAGUUACUGGUGCGAGUGUCCUGCUGGAUUUACUAACUUUGGCAAAAACCAAAAUAAGUGUGUAGAGCUUAAUUGUGAUCAGUACGAAACACAGCCUGGACAGACUCUACCAGGCUUUGAUAGUUUCUUGUCUCUGUUGAGAAACAACUGUUUGGUGUUGAACAACUCUACGUUGUCUGGACCUACAGGACCGCUGUCAACUGGAGAUAUGCUUUUGACAUUACUGGUUAAUACCACUGAUGUUCUUCAACUGGACCUCCAGUCCAAUGGUCACCGUAGUAGCAGUGAAGUGACUAAGUUACUGAAGACCAUUGAAAUCUCGAUCAGACUGAUCGCUCCACUGCUGACAGAGAACAUGACCAGGAUAGAGACCAACCACACAGAGGUUGAGAUUAUGGUGAGGAGAGACAAGACUCCACCUGAAGGACCAGUCAGCCUGACCAAUGAGAACACGCAACUUGACACCACCUGGGAGACGGUGAUUGGAGAUGACCUGAAUUACCAAGGGUUUGCGUUUGUUGUUCUGCUCAGCAAUAAGAAUCUGGAUAGUCUGAAGGACAACACUUCUCAUCAGAGCCAGCAGCUCAUGUCCAGUGCUUCGACGGUGUUCGUUAGCAACUCCAACACAACAAACCUGCCCGACCUGAUUAAUCUCACCUUCAAUCACCUGCAGUCCAGUGAUGUUGACCCCACCUGUGUUUAUUGGUCGGAUGAGAAUGGACCGGGGGUGUGGUCUGGGCGGGGUUGCACCUCAGUGAUGUCAAACUCCACCCACACUGUGUGCUCUUGCAACCAUCUCAGCACAUUCGCUCUGGUGAACAUAAUCAGUACGGAAAAGGGAAGCGGCAGCUGUCGUUGGUGAUGUGGGGGGGUGUUUUUGUGGCACUGACCUGUGUGGUCCUGUCCCUGAUCACAACCCUGUGGUGUCGCUUUGCCAGCCGCAAACGCCGUGGAGGAAACCGGCUGAAACAGGAUGAACAACUCAAUAGAAAAUAAGACAUGGAUUUUAAUUAUUUGUGUUCUAAGAAAAGCUUUACUUGGAAUGAAUUUGUAACAUUGUCUCUUGGCUUGCAAGGCCUUCCACAUGCCAGCAUUUUUUAUUUAAUUAGAAGUGAAAGUAAUAUUUUUCCUGUUUAUUUUACAGUGCUUGAGAAGGUAUUUAAAUCCAAAAAUCAUCUCGCUAUUAUUUCCUCCAUUCUGAUAUAAAUAUCUAAAUUUGAGUUGUCCCUUUCUUCAAAAAUAAGCACGACAUCAUCCUGAAAGUAAAAUGAAUUUGAUCAUUGCUCACCCAAAACCUUGUUUUCUUUUGCCUCUCAUUAGGCUGACAGAACUGCCCACAUGGUGUAAAGACUUCAAAACUGACUUAAAGGGCCAAUGCAGUCAAGAACAUGAUUUCCUGAUUUUUAUGUAUAUUUAAACACUUUGAGGUUGGAAUAAGACUGCGAAAUUGUGGACAUUAUGAUAAUGCCCUUUUAGUGUAAGAGCUGUUUGAAAUGUUUGGUGGGAUGGAAUUUUGGCUUGCUGGUGACAUCACCAGGCAGUAAAUUAGUUAAUAGAGCAAUAAGAAAGAGCGUUCCAAACCUGGGCUGUAUCAUAAACAUUCCCCAUCCCCCCCAAAAUAAGCUUUUUGGUCUUAAUUUAAGGUUAGGGUUAGGCAUAUGGUUAGCCGUGUGCUUACGUUUUGGGUUAGGUUUCAAAUCAAAUUUUAAUUAAGAAGAGACAUUUUAGAAAUAAGCGGGGCUUAUGACUUUGUGGCUGUAGUAACUAGUGAUGACAAGUGCACAGAGAGAGAGAGCUUUGUCAGGAAGACUUCACGUUUUGUGUCAGCCAGACUAGAGAAAUGUAUGUCUGCCCUGAAACUUACUGUUGAUCAUCAUGAAGGAACAUAGUGUGAGUGAUAUUAAUAUCGUAAAUCUAAAGUCUCCCACCAUUUGAUCAUAGUUGCGUCUUAAUUUUCCAACAGGCUGUUUAUCACACAAAUGCAUUUGCCAUCAUUAUCAUGACUUUGAUAUCUCUCAUUAGCUCUUGAAACUUCUCUCUUCAUUGGUUAAUCGACCUAUCUUUUGAGCUAACAUAAAUUUAGAUAAUGUAGCCUUUCAAUGUAUUAGGAUGCUUCGGCUAUGGAGGGAGAAUUCAUCAGGAAAAUGAUUGAUUUCAUGGACAAAUAGUCCCACCACCACUUGAAGAAAAACCCAGAAACCCUCUUCAUUUGUGUAAUCAGAAAGACACACUAAAUGUUAAGCAUUCAAACCCCUUCCCCGUCAAUGCUGAUAGAGCAAGUGAGAAAGUGAAAGUUACAGGAAAUGCUGCUGCAGUGACUUUUAAAAUUUGCAUAAAGGUCAGACAUCUUCAAAAGAAAUCAAGAGCAAGACAUUUUGAAAAGGAGAGAAAAAGAUAAGUAGCAGUGCUUCAGAGUGAAAUAUUGAUUCUAAAUCUACUUUUGGUAAGGCAGCUGGUUUAUGUGGCCCUGUUGAUAAGAGUCUAUACUGUGCAUGUUGGUGUUUUAGAUCAAUGUGUCCUCUUAUGUCUGAUCUUGGAUACAGACCCUCUACACUAGAGUCUAAUUCAGGGAUGGAACUCAUGGACGUGGCCUACGCAAAACUAGACAAAUCAACCUGAUGUGAAUUGCGAUGCAAAUGGUCUUCUCAUGCUACCCAGUCAGUUCCUCUUUGUUUUCGACUUGCAAGAAAAUGCCGAUGCAAGUUAUGGGGAAAUAAUUUUACUUCCCUGCGCUAACCACAUCCGUGAGGUCUCCAAAUUAUUCUUUAGAACAAAAACCAAGCUGACAUGUGACAUUAACUCACCAGCUGUCAGAGAUCAUGGGAGACAUUCUAUUUCUACUGAUUGUGGGUCGGUCAAUUUUCUGCUUUUUAUUUGACCAACACAUCAUCAUUGAAAUGUCCUUGUUUUUGAAAGAAAAACACAUUUUUUGUCCAUUAAAAUAACAUCAAAUUGAUCAGUAAUACAGUGUAGACAUUGUUAAUGUUGUAAAUGACUAUAGUACCUAGAAACGGCUUAUUU